AUUUUCCGGGAAAAGAAAGCUGGAGGAGUCGAAUUUUGGAGGACACUCCUUUCGGAGACGACCCGAGUCGAGUGUGGAAUUGCGGGUCUUGCUGCUUCGGCUUCCCGUCCACGACUCAGCCAUCGAUGGCGAGCUAAUGCGCGAUUGCUCUAUGAGUCAAAACACCGAGUGUUCCUCGAAGAAGCAAUGCGUACGGACGCCGCUUCCCAUUCUGCACAAGUCCCGGUUAGCGACCUGUACGAUCCUGAUGACGUAUUACCAAAGAACAGCCCGUUGUUGGAGCCGCGACAUCCCACGCUGCAACUAUCGCCGAGUCCGGCCCCCACCCUCUCCCCGUCCCCUGUCAGUCCUCCCGGCGGAAAGAAGAAGUCCAAACGUCGGAGAGGGCCGAGGCCGAGCCAGGGCGAUGUCAUCUUGAUGGGUCAUCUUGACGAGUACCGGCGCGGAACUGCGGCCUACGCAGCGGAUCUCAAUCUCGAGUGGAAAUCGGAAACCGACAAGACCGAAGACUCAGAGGACCCGGAGGACCAAGGGGACGCAGAGGACUCAGGGCUCCGUGCAGAUUCUAUGUCUGCCCGUGACGCUUCCCCCGAGGAGCAACAAGUCGACGAAGAGAAGGAUCGUGAAGGAUCGAGCAGGAUAAACGGAAAAGAGACCGGCAUCCAGGGGAAGGCUUCAAGCUCUUCUACCGAAGAGGACAUGGGCGCGUUGGAUCUGAAGUCUUUAGCAGCGGGCGCCCUGGCUGCGUUUACGGAGCCAGAGCCCGAUGCAGGACCGACACCGCCUGUUACCGAGAAUGAUGUGGUGGGCGGAAAAGCGCACCCAGUAUCUACGCCCUCCAUGGCAAUCCACACAAGACGAACUGAAUUUCGACAAAACGAGCGGAAUCCCCCGCCCACCAUGCCCUCUCCUCACAGCAUGUAUUCGCCGGGGGGGACGGGGCAAACGCCCUCAUCGCAGAGGAUGGAUAUGAGGUCACCGACUGCCAGCAUACACUCCAACAGCCAUAGCGAGGGUUUGCCGCCCCUCCUCAAUUCACCGCGAUACGAGAGCAAUGCACAGACACUACCCUCUAUCCGAUCCCAACUUGGGGAUAUCCCCCAACUCGCGAACAACCAUGGUGUAGGAAACGGUAUGAGGAGCUCCUCACACCACGGGUUCGCCGGCUCGCCGCCAGCUAAUAUGACGCGUUUUCCGCCCCUGCACUCUCAGCUUGCGUCGCCUCCCAUACCGCCCGCCGAGCCUCAUCGCGACCCGCUCUCUCCGACCCACCCGCUUGCCCCCCCAACCAUCAGCCCUAGGUACUACUACCACCAACCGAACGGUUUGCAUCAGUCCCAUGAUUACGCCGGUAACUCCCCGGAGGCAGCAGGCUCGCAUCAAUCUGGUUCUCCGCCAGUGGCACCGGGUCUCGACCGGAUGAGCUUGGACGGUAUUCAGACGGUGGGAAGUUACGUUUGCAAAGUUCCCGGCUGCAACGCACCGGCAUUCCAGACGCAAUAUCUGCUCAACUCACACGCAAAUGUGCACUCCUCGGCACGGCCGCAUUACUGCCCCGUCCCGGGCUGUCCCCGUGCCGAAGGCGGUAAAGGGUUCAAGCGCAAGAACGAGAUGAUCCGACAUGGUCUCGUUCAUGAAUCACCAGGCUACAUCUGCCCAUUUUGUCCAGAUAGAGACCAUAGGUAUCCCAGGCCAGACAACCUCCAAAGGCAUGUCCGAGUCCACCACGUGGACAAAGACAAGGACGAUCCUCUCCUCCGCGAUGUGCUUGCGCAAAGGCCCGACGGGCCAAGCCGCGGCCGCAGGCGAAGAGGAGUCGCGGCAUAAGACCCUACUCUGGUUCUUCUUUUCGGGUCGAAUCUUCGUUUACCUUCAUAUACCUCUCGCCGUGGUCGCUACAGCGGCCACCUCUGCCGACGUCUGUUCCUGCCAGACGGGCUGUAUAUACGCAGAGACGGCUUCAGGCCGGGCGCAGGGCGCAGUUACUGCUGCUGUUUGCUUCCCCGCGAUGGAAGCUCUACGUUCUCUUUUCCGCCCCUCUUUGGUAGCGGUCUUAUUUUCU